AUGACCCGUAGCCAGUCGGGAGAUCUACUACCACUAGACCAGGAGCUUGAACGAACCUGCAGAAACUUCAAGCGGGCUCUAAAGGUGCGACUGGCUGCGGAAGAGGCGCUAUCACAGCUGCAGUUAAAAGAAGAAGAAGAAGAAGAGAUGGCUGAUCCAGGGAACCAUGAUGUGAUCCCUGAGGAGCAGACCAUGGGAUCCUACUGGACCGCUAGAGCUGCGGACAUGAGGUCACCCAUUCAACAUCCUCAUGUCCCGGCCAACAACUUUGAGGUGAGCACCUCAGUAAUCACCAUGUUGCGCGGUUCAGUGGUGUUCCGUGGUAAGGAGGGGGAGUGCCCCCGAUCACAUCUCAGGCGAUUCCACAAGCUCAUUGAUGGAAUCAAGAUCAAUGGGGUACCCGCAGAUGCCAUCCAGCUGAGGUACUUCCCAUUCACCUUGGAGGGGCAGGCCAAGGAGUGGCUAGACACUCGACCUCCGGGAUCCAUCACCACGUUCGCCAACCUGGCGGACAAGUUCCUUACCCGCUACCAUCCUCCGUCCAAGAUGGCGGACUUGCAGAAGCAGAUUACCCACUUCACCCAGGAUGAAGAUGAGACCAUCCGAGACGCCUAG